AUGGUCUACUUUUUCAACAUAAUUCGUAUUCCGGAAUCUGAUUCUAAUUUAUUGAGUAGAAUAACUGAAUUAUUAGCCAAUGAAAAGUCUUCAAAUGUCCUGAUACAGUAUGGAGCAAAUAAUCAGCUGAAUUCAAUGUGUGAAUGGAUCCCUAGAAUAGGUGGUAUCUAUGGUGCUUUAGCACUGUUAGCGUGUGCCUAUGGAACACUCGGUUUAUGGGAGACAAAUGGUAAAUAUAAGAAGAUUUUUCAGAUGGGUGCACACUAUCAUCUAAUACACUCGUUAGCAAUAAAUCAAGCAUCAAAUACAAAACACCCAAUACUGGUCUCUCAACUUGAAGCACUACUGACCAAUCUAAUCCUGAAUAAUUUUGAAAAGGAUAAAAAUCUCUUCUUAUUUUGUUUAUCGCCUUUUUUCAUUACUUAUCAUCAGACAACAACACUACUGGUGAUUGGUACAACUCUAUUCUCUGGUUCGUGUUAUUAUGUAGCCAUCAGUGGUAAUGAAUCUGCAUCUAAAUUUGCGCCAAUCGGUGGCUUAACGUUACUACUAGCUUGGAUAUCAAUGAUUUUAUAAAGUAAUAAUAAU